AUGUCGCGAGCUAUACAACGACUUAUGAAAGAUUAUCGUAAGGCGGAACUGUUAGUGGGACGUUCAUCUAAUGAACCAUUUGCUGAUUUUGCUAAUACUUCUUCAUUUACAACACAAACAUAUGCACAACAAAUGGCGCAAUUAAGACGAGAUCCAGAAUUAACACAAGAUGAAAAAAAAUAUCUUGUUGCAGUUGAACGUGGAGAUAUGGCAACAACUCGUAGAUAUCUUGAUAUGGUAUCAAAGACAACAUUAACAUUAGUCAAUACUGACGUGCCAGUCACACCAAUCAAUAUCAAUUGUCUAGACCCGUUAGGUCGAAGUGCACUUCUAAUAGCAAUUGAAUAUGAGAAUAUUGAAAUGAUCGAAUUAUUACUUAAUUAUAAUGUUGAUACAGGUGAAGCAUUACUUCGUGCUAUAGAUGAAGAAUUUGUUGAAGCUGUCGAACUUCUUCUUCAACAUGAGGAUCUUAAACAACAGCAACAACAACUAAAGAAUAGUAUUGAUGAUGAUAACAACAAAUGCCCAAAUAAUACUGCAAUAAAUGAUAAAUCGAAUGAAUUAUUCACAUUGGCUCAAGUUGAAUUAAACAAAGAGAAAAACGAACAACAACAAUCACAUGAUGUUUCAAAUAAAGUAACCGAACAACUGAAUCUAAGUACAUCUCGUUCUUAUACACCGGAUAUAACACCUGUUAUAUUGGCUGCACAUCGAGAUAAUUAUGAAAUUGUUAAAAUUCUCCUUGAAAGAGGUGAAAAAGUAACUGAACCUCAUGAUGUUCGUUGUGAUUGUGAAAGUUGUCUUGUAUAUAAUAAAGAAGAUAGUUUAAGACAUUCACGAUCACGUAUAAAUGCAUAUAAAGCAUUAUCAUCACCAAGUUAUAUAUCAUUAUCAAGUCGUGAUCCAAUAAUGACAGCAUUUGAUUUAAAUCGUGAAUUAAAACGUUUAUCACGUAUUGAAAAUGAAUUUAAACAAGAAUAUGAAGAAUUAGCACAACAAUGUCAAGAUUAUAGUGCUGCUUUAUUAGCUGAAACACGUUCAUCAAAAGAAUUAGAAAUUAUUUUAAAUUAUGAUUCUGAAAAUCCACCGGUGCUUUCCGAAACAAAAGAAAAGAUGACAUUAGCAAGAUUAAAAUUAGCUAUACGUUAUAAACAAAAGAAAUUUGUUUCACAUUCACAUUGUCAACAAUUACUUGCUUCUCUGUGGUAUGAAGGUCUGCCUGGCUUUCGGCGUCGUCAUUCGGUGAUUAAACUUUUAAUAACAGCUAUUGUUGGUUUACUUUGUCCAAUAUUAUCAAUUGCUUAUUUAUUAACGCCAAGAAGUAGCCUUGGCCGAAUUAUGCGACAACCAUUUAUUAAAUUUAUUUGUCAUUCAGUUUCAUAUAUUUUCUUUCUUAUUUUACUUUUUGUUGUUUCAUUACGAAUUGAUUUUGGAAAAUUAUUGUCAGGUAUUGAAGAAGAAACUAAUGAAAGACGUGGUCCACCACCAAAUCCAGUUGAACUAGCUAUCAUGAUUUAUGUCGCUGGAUUUAUUUGGGCAGAAAUAAAACAACUGUAUCAAGAAGGACUUCAUCAAUAUAUGGCGGACACUUGGAAUUUACUGGAUUGGAUAACUAAUUGUCUUUAUGUUGCAACAAUAGUUCUUCGUGUUAUGGCAUAUAUUAAGGUAAAUCGAGAAGAACGUGAUUUACAUGGAAAAUUCGUAGCUGAUCAGGUUGCACAUGCAUCAUCAAAUGUUCAUAAUUCUCCUCAUCAUCAUAAUUUAACAUCGGAUCCAGUUAGUAUUUCAACAGGUCAUAAUGUUCGACGACGAGAUUGGAAUGCAUGGGAUCCAACAUUAAUAUCUGAAGGAAUAUUUGCUGCAGCUAAUAUAUUUAGUUCACUUAAACUUGUUUAUAUAUUUACAAUAAAUCCGCAUUUAGGACCAUUACAAAUAUCAUUAGGACGUAUGGUACAUGAUAUAUUAAAAUUUAGUGUACUUAUUUUACUUGUGGCAUUUGCAUUUGCAUGUGGUCUUAAUCAAUUAUUUUGGUAUUAUGCACGAAUGAAAAAAAGUGAAUGUGAACAUGAUUCAGGUCUUGAUGAAUAUUGUGCAAAAGAUAUACAUAAACAUUUUUCUAAUCUUUUUGAAUCUUUACAAACACUUUUUUGGGGUACAUUUGGUCUUAUUGAUUUACAAACAUUUCAAAUCUAUAAAAAACAUACAUUUACUAUGUUUAUUGGUUUAACUAUGUAUGGUGUUUAUUCAUCAAUAAUGAUUAUUGUUCUUCUUAAUAUGCUUAUUGCUAUGAUGAGUAAUUCAUAUCAAUAUAUAGCUAAUUCAACAGAUACUGAAUGGAAAUUUGCAAGAGCUAAACUUUGGACAAGUUAUUUUGAAGAUGGUGGGACUUUACCACCACCAUUUAAUAUAAUUCCAAGUCCGAAAUCAACUUUUUAUGUUUGUCGAUACAUAUAUCGCCGAGUAUUUGGUUGUUCAAAAAAACAAUUAAGAAAUCGAUGGCAAAGUAUUAAAAAAAUUCUUGUUAAAAUCAAUGAACGUGAAAUCAAAUACCAAACUGUAAUACGUGAAUUAGUUAAACGAUAUAUAAUGAAACGACAACAAAAAGAUCAAACUGAAGGUGUAACAGAAGAUGAUUUAAAUGAAAUAAAACAAGAUGUAUCAGCAUUUCGUUUUGAACUAUUAGAAAUUUUGAGUAUUAAUGGAUUUAAAGUUCAAUCAUUAAAGAAAAAUCCAGCUGCACGUGUUGGUCGAAAACGUGGCAAAAUGAAUUUAGAAAAAACUAUGAAUAAAAAUAUGUUUAAUAUGUCAUCAGCUAUACGUAAUGCAAAUCCGGUAGCACCAACUGAUCCUAUAAAAACUGAUCAUAAUGAACCUCAUGAUUCACCAUUGUCAACACCACUUUCAUCAACAUUCUUAACUCCAAAACAAAAACUAGCAACACAAUUUAAACGUGCUUUAACAAUAAUUACACAACAAAAUGAUCAACUAAUCGAUCCAUCAUCGACUUCAUCAUUACCACCGCAAACAACAAGUACGGAGAAACUUUUCGAUACAACAAUUUUAACACCUUUAACCGAAGAGUCAAAAAAAAAGAAAGAUAAUCUUGAUAAUUUUGGUCAAAUGUCAUCAUCGACGAUAAGAACACCAAAAUCACAAUCAUUUAUAUACAAUAAAUCUCAACCAAUAUGUUCCUCAACAAAUGAAAUUUCAACUCGUAAUAAAAAUGAUUCAAAUAGUCCAUCAUCGGCUACUAUACUUGCAAUGGACUCACCUAUUAUACGACCAAAUCAUCCAAAUAGUCCAUCAGCACGUUUAGUUAAACAAAGUUUACAACAAAUACAUGCAUCAAUUUUACAAACUAUGCAUCAACAUAAUCCAUUAUCGGCACCUACAACAUCAUCAUCGGCAACCUUAAGUCCAAUACUAACAUCAUCAUCAACGGCGGGCACAGGAUACUAUCGUUUAUUACGCGAAGCUCGUGCACCAAUGGCAUCACCUGAUCCUCUGUCGAUAACAUCCGAAGAGGGUUCAAAUACGCCCGAUUUAGAAAUCUUAUAA